UUAGCGUCUCGUUGUGUUGCUAGGCUUCAGUCAACACGAUGGCGGCGGCGUCUCCCUCAGUAUUUUUGCUGUUGGUUAAUGGACAGAUCGAGAGUGCGAAUCUGCCAGAGUUUGAUGACCUCUACUGUAAAUACUGCUUUGUGUACGGCCAUGAUUGGAGCCCAGUCUCGGGCCUGGAGGAGGGCAUAUCCCAGAUCACCUCCAAGAGCAGAGUGACGCAGCAGGACCUUGUGUGGAACUUUCCAAUUGACAUUACCUUCAAGAGUACCAACCCGUUUGGCUGGCCACAAGUGGUGGUCAGUGUGUAUGGCCCAGAUGUUUUUGGUAAUGAUGUGGUUCGUGGAUAUGGAGCUGUUCACAUCCCAAUCACUCCUGGAAGGCACAAGAGGACCAUUCCCUUGUUUGUUCCAGAGUCAACAUCAAGAUUGCAGAAGUUCACAAGCUGGUUCCUCGGGAGGCGGCCGGAGUUCACAGACCCAAAAGUUGUUGCACAGGGGGAAGGAAGAGAAGCAACAGUUAAUACCCCAAAAGAGGUGACCAAGAACUCGGCUGAGCUCCCGAGAACCUGUGUGGAGAUGGGACUAACUCACAGAAAGACCACCUUCACUGCAGCAAUCUGAGCUUUAUUGCAGAGUGGCCAGAGAGAAUCCUCUCCUCAGUAACAGGCACAUGAAAGCCCACUUGUAGUUUGCCAAAAAGGCUCCUAAAGGACUCUUAAGACUGUGAGGAACAAAAUCCUCUAGUCUGAAGAAACCAAGACUGAACUGUCUGGUGUCAAUUCUAAACAUCAUGUCUGAAGGAAACCAGGCAGAGCCAAUCACCUGUGCAGUACCAUUCCAAUGGUGAAGCAUGACGGUGUCUUCAUCAUGCUGUUGGGGUUGUUUUUCAGCAGCAGGGAAUGUGAGACAAGGCAGGGUUUAACAUAAAAGCAAAGAACCAAGUAGAAGUGUGCGAUAUGGAUCGUCUACGAGAACAUCUAAAUUGAUGUUUUUAAUGAUGUGCAAACUUAAAUUAUUGAGUACGUCAUUCAAUUUGCAUUAAAAAAAAAAGCCUCUUUGUCUGUGUUGUGUUACGUCAUAAGUGUGAGCCUCUCCUAGUGUUUAUUGUGUUAACUGUGAGAGUAGGGAUUGUACUGACAGUUUGAGCACUCAUAGGUUUUCUCUGUUUUAACAUUUCAGGGUGUU